AUGAUUCCUAAUUUUUAUUCUAAUUCACUGACCUUCAUCCUUAAAAAACUCAUAUUUAUUAUGUCAAGUGAUUCCUUACACAAAGAGAUUAAUCUAUCAAACAUCGAGCGUAAAAUCCUUAAAAACACUUUUUACCACAAUACAAAUGACCUGCAUCUUAAAGAAGAAUCAAUGAGUAACCGAUCUCAAUUUUCCAUUUCAGGAAAAUUCCAGCCCUCAAUAUCUCGGCCAAGCAUGGAAAUUUCAAGAGCAAUUUCUCAAGACUCAUUUCGGACUAUAGAGCAGCUUUUUUCUAUUGGGCUGCAAGAUAUUGAUUUAAGCCGUUUAUGCCAUAUUUAAGUCAUCAGCCCUAGAUGUUAUACUGAUAUUUCUUUUUUUAAAAAAAUUAAUAGUCUAUCUUACUAAAUUUUCAUAAAAAUUAAUAUAAUAUUUCAUAAGCUUUCAGGAUGAGAAUGAUGUUGCUUUAAGACUUCAAGAAGUCAUAAGAAAAGCCGCCCCAGGAGCUUUAAUUACAUUGCCAGCCCAAAAUAUUAGCCUAAACGGUCUUUUGAUUACCUCCCCUAUCACUAUCAAAGGCACUCCAGGCUGUUCUUUAGAAAUCGUGAACGGUUCAAUUGUAGUCGAUUUCAGCAGCCAUUCCAAAGAAAGUAUGAUUUCUUCCCUCCCAGAAACCGCUUUAAUGUGCGAGCUAUCCAUAAUUUUCAACCUAAACGGCAAAAUUGACCCAUCAGGCACGUCCCCUCCUGCACUUUUUAUUAUGGACUCUCCCAAUACAAGCCUAGAAGUUCGUGACUGUGAAAUUAAAAGUAUAAAUCACCUAGAAAAGCCUAUAGUUUCUGCAGUUGAAGACUCCUCAGAAGAGCUCCAAGACAUUUGUUUCUGGGCUAAUGGAAUUUCUUUUAAGAGGCACGCCACAAGGAUUGACCUUACUCUCCCCUAUUAAAUUUGAAUAAAAUAAGUAAAAUUUUCUAUUUAACUCCCUUUUAAAAAUGGAAAUCUUUUUUUAGCAGGGAUUUUUUGUUCCAAUUUAAAUAGGAGUGAGCUAGAUAUAACAGUUCUCUUAUUAUAAAGUCUUGUAAUAUCAGCAAUUUUCAUGAGGUUAUUAAAGGCGGCAUAAACUCGUCAAUUCACAUCGAAAAAACGCAUAUAAAUAAUUGCUUUGGCAAUGGAGUCAGUAUAUUAAACCCAGUUGUUUUUGAACUAUAUGAAAGUGUCAUACAAAAUUGUCAGAAAAACUCGGUUGAGAUAAGAGUUAUACCGAAUUCAAGCUUUGGGAAAACAGGUUCACGGUCUCCGUCACUUACAAGUUCAAGAGAAAUUCAGUCAAGAAAUAUAAGAAUUGAAGGAAAUGAUAUAAAAAAUUCUGGAGCCUAUGGAAUUAUGCUAUUUCUAUAAAAAAUUUAUUAUUAAAUUACCAAAAGUUCUUUAUUUUCUCUAAAAUUUGUAUUUUUUUAAAAAAUAUUUAUUAUAUAUUCUGCUUUAAAUAAGAUUAGCAUAUGAAGCGAACAAGUUUCUCACUUUCCUUCCAUAGUAAAUAUUGAAAAAAAUAAAAUUGAGCAGUCUUCAAAAGAAGGCUUAGCAAUCCGCCAUCUGGCCCUCCAAGACUUAUUUAUAUCCUCUAACGAUUUCAGCUGAAGCCAAGGAAGUGGGCUGUGGCUUCAAAAAGUAUAUAAAUUGAGCCAAGAAUCACAAAUUACAGUCAUGCUUAAUAGAUGUUUUGACUCUUGCGGAGGCUAUGGCAUUUACCUAUAUGAAGCUGGCGGGAUUUUUGAUAAUAAUGAAAUGUUUAGAAACAGCUUGGGAGGGAUAAUGGUAGUUGGGAGCUCCAAUAAAGAAGCUGAAAUUGAGACAAAUUUAGAAAUAAAAAAAUGCAAAAUUUUUGGAAAUGGAGAAAAUGGAGUGACUGUCCUUGACUUUUAUCAAGGCGGAAUUGAGAUUGAUCAAUGCAAAAUUUCAGAAAAUUACCAUAAUGGGGUUUAUUUAAUGCAGUCGAGAGAUCAGAUCUCACAUGUAAAAGGAAAGGACCAGAUAGCUCCGGAAAACUUGAGAGGGACUGUAGUUUUGUCUAAUAAUGAUAUUUCUAUGAAUAAAGGAUAUGGAGUUACCAUUGCUAUGCCUAUUUAGAUAAACUAUAAACUGAGCAGCAGUUCCUGCAUCUUAUUAGUAUAUAUGCAUUUAGUCUCUUUAAAUAGAUAAAAUUCAAAGUCCUUAUUAAAAAAACAAUUAUUGGAGAUAAUACACAAGGAGCUAUGCUGAUUGGAGAAGGAUCCAAAGAAUUACUCCCCCUUGUAAUUGGAAUAAAAAAUUCUAUUCCAAUUUGGGAGUCAUAAAAAGUUUUAAGAUUCUUAAAAAUAAAAAAUAUAAAUUGAAUUAUUUUUUAUGAAGAAUUAAUCUGCUAAGUGCGCAAACUAUUUAAAUAGCGUCCUAAUUGCAUUUAUUCCAUUAAAUUAGUUCAGAGUUAUUUAUAUAGAGAUUAAUAUUCUCACCUAUUAUUCGAAUUAAUAUAUACCCAAAAAAACGGAAAUUUACUGAUAUUUUGUCCCAAUUUAAUCGGGGGGAUUUAGUAACAUUUUUGGAUAAUCCUGAAGAAAUAAAGCAUAAUAUUAAUGGAAAUGUAGAAGGGCCAAAACAAGUAAUAAUGCAAGAAGGAGGAAGGGUUUGUGGAAAAGGAAGUUUGAAAUGUGAAAUUUUUUAA